AUGAGCUGUAAUCUGACAGACAGAGAUCCAAAUGACAUCAACUCCACCACCAAGGUUGCAUUUGAAGAUGUCCUUGCCGAACCAGAUGGAAUCCACAGCUGUGACUGUGUAUGGAAGGCCAGUUACUGCUGUUUCAACUGUGGUAAAAACUGCGCCUAUCGCUGCAUGACAUGUCUGUGUGGGUUGUGCAUCUCGUUAUACUGGGGAUGUGAAUUCGCAUUCAUAGCAUUUGAGCAGAUUUGGUGCGUGACCCCAACGCUGAGAAUAUUUGCUAUCUACUGUGGAAGCUUCCAAAAGUACUUCACGAUUAUCGUCAAUUGCUGCAUGGCCCCUAUUUGCCAAACCUGUGGUUUGUUCUUCAGUCAAAUAUCAGUCAACCACGGCGAAGGGGGUCAGAGGUCCACCUUCUAG